AUAAUACUUCAGUGUAAUAAAAAGCUUGGUACAGGACAAUCAGGGUGCCAUCAUUUUUUAAAUGAUCUAAAUAGUCCAUCAAGGAUAUUUUCUAGGUGCUUUGAGGAGACCAGUUCUUGUUGGUAAAAGGUGAAAUUGUUAGGAGUUUCAAAACUGUUUCCAUACCUAAAUUGUUAAAUAUCUCUUUUGAUUUUCUGGCCAUUUUUGAGACGUGAGCACAAACAUUUAUUGUGGUUUAGUUUGAUUUUCUUUCUAGCUUUAUGGGGCUUAGAAUUAGUACUUAAAGGUCACAAAUUAUACACAAAAUCUAUUUUAUCAACUGAGCCAUGAUCACAAAUGAUGGGUUGAUAACUGUAUGAAUGUACACAUUUUGGUGGAUUUUCUGUCAUAAACUUAAAAACCCAGAUUUAUAGAUAUUUUGUUUUUACAAAAUAAUGUAAAUAUUUGUUGUUUAUGUUGUUAUCUUGAGAUCCUGAUCUUACUGUGAUAAUUUCCGUACCAACUGUAUGGAGAAUUUUCAAGUCUUGCCUCAGUUAGAUUUAGAUCUGGACUUUGACAAGGCCGAUUUCAACAAAUGAAUAUGCAUUGAUCUUAACCUUCCCAGUUUAUGUUUUGGGUCAUCGCACUGCUGGGAGGUACAACCUCCACCCCAGGCUCGUCUGUCCUCCUAGCAUCUCCAACCAGUUUCUAUGUUCCUGCCAAAGAAAAUCAUCCCCACAGCAUGAUGGAGCCACCACCUCAAGAUGGUGUGCUUAUGGUGAGGUACAGUGUUCGUUUUCCAUGAUAAAUACUGUUUACAUACAAAAAGUUUGAUUUUGGUCCCAUCUGACCAGAAUGUCUUCGUCUAUAUUGUUGGUUUAUUGUUUGCAGACAUUGAUAAAUAAAUAGUGAGACAUAGAUUUCAAGUUUGAACAUUGGACUUCUUUUUGCCUGUGUAGAAAAUAUGCCCACACUGCCCCAGUGGCUCUUUGGCUUUUUUGUUGCUGAAAGUGUUUGGUUUGACGACUACACACAUGUUUGCAGCAUCCCCUUACAUGGCUUCUGGCAAACACUAAACAGGGUUUUUGAUGGUUUUCUACCUGCCACUCUUCCUAAAGAAAGCCAGAUUUGUGUUGAGUUUUCCUGUCAACAGAUUUUCCACCUGAGCAGUCAAUCUCUGCAGCUCCUCCAGACUAACUUUGGGUCCUCUGGCUGCCUCUCUGCUUAAUGCUAGACAAAGCUGGACUUCAGAGACCAUCUUUGACUUUGACUGGGCCAAAAAGUCAAUCAACUUAGGUAAUUCAAAUUAGGUAACUUCUUAACUUAAAACAGGUGGUUGCACUUUAUUUAGGGGUAUCAGAGUAAAGGAGACUGAAUACAAAUGCACACCACACUUUUCAGACUUUUGCUUGGAAAAAGUAAAAAGGAAGCAUAAAUAAUUCAACUAUCUGCUGCUUGGGCUGGUUUGUCAGAUGAACUCUCAAUAAAACACAUUGAAGCGUGUGGUUGUGAUGUAACUAAAUUUGAACAAAAUUCAGUAAAUCUAAAAACUCCAGAACUUGUCAUCUAUGUUAAUCUGACGAGUCUAAUCAUCAGCCAGUUUGACUUUAAAAGUGGUUAAUUUUCAAGAAAGACGACGACGUGAGGAUGAAUCUUGAGAGAAGGCAGGCAGAUGCUCUUGGAUCAUGAAAAUGGUCAGUGCGCGCACCAAAGGGAGCGCGUCUUCGCUCCCAGAGAGAGAGAAAGGGAGGGAGAGAGAGGGGGAGAGAGCUAGAGGGAGGAAUAGGAGGGUGAACGGAUCGUCUCUCAUCCACAGAUACUUUCAGCGGCGGCUGAACGCUUUAACCGCGCAGGAACGUUUAUUCCAGCCAACUCUCUUCUUCUUUCUCUUCUUCUCCCGUGGGUUUAGAGUUGACUUUCUUCGGAGCUUCUUGAAGCAGCAGAAGCAACACAUGCCUCCCUGCAGAGAGGAGCCGCGGCUGUGAUUCAGAGCGCAGCUCCGUCUCCAUCACCGCCAUCACCGCCUCACGUCCUGCCGUGAGGAUGUCUGCGCCGCCGCUCAAUAAGUCUCCGCUGUUUUUCCCCGAUUAACCGUUGAUGGCGGCGGAAUGGAGAUAGCCUUGGUGAGCUUUGAGAACGGCGGCGCUAAGGGGAGCGGCGGCGGCGGAGGAGGAAGCAAUGCCGAGGAGACCUGCCGGAACGCACUGGAAGUCCCUCAGCAGGGCUUCGUUCAAAGUGGGCUGGGAGAGGAGUUCGGUAAGGAGUUGAAUACCCGGGGGAGUCCUCAGCAGCCGAAGCAGCAGCAGCGCAGCCCCUGGAAGAUCAACGACAUGAACAACACUCUGAGCUGCAGCGAGAACGCCAUGGAUGCGCUUUUACGCGCGGACCACAGUCCCCACCUGUUCGACGAGGACAUGCUGGACAUGGACAUGGACACGGAGAACAACGAGAGGGUUCUGAUCAACAUAGCCGGGCUCAGGUACGAGACCCAGCUCGGCACCCUUAACCAGUUCCCAGACACUCUGCUGGGAGACCCGGCCAAGAGAAUCAAGUACUUCGACCCGCUCCGAAACGAGUACUUCUUCGACCGCAACAGGCCGAGCUUCGACGGGAUCCUUUACUUUUAUCAGUCUGGGGGGAAGAUCCGCAGACCCGUGAACGUGUCCAUCGACGUGUUCGCGGAUGAAAUCCGGUUCUACCAGCUGGGAGAGGAGGCCAUGGAGAGGUUCCGAGAGGAUGAGGGGUUUAUAAAGGAGGAGGAGAAGCCGCUGCCGCAGAACGAGUUCCAGAAGCAGGUCUGGCUUAUCUUCGAGUACCCAGAGAGCUCCAGCCCGGCGCGGGGCAUCGCCAUCGUAUCUGUGAUCGUCAUCACCAUCUCCAUCAUCACCUUCUGCCUGGAGACCCUGCCGGAGUUCCGGGACGAGCGGGAGCUGGCGGUCAGCAACCGGCUGGACAACAGCACUGCGCCGCGGCCCUCCCUCACCUUUACCGACCCCUUCUUCAUCAUCGAGACCACCUGUGUCAUCUGGUUCACCUUCGAGCUGAUCGUUCGCUUCUUUGCCUGUCCCAGCAAGUCCGAGUUCUCCAAGACCAUCAUGAACAUCAUCGACAUCAUGGCCAUUAUGCCUUACUUCAUCACGGUGGGAACGGAGCUGGCGGAGCAGCAGGGCCAGGAACACCAGAACGGCCAGCAGGCCAUGUCCCUGGCCAUCCUGAGGGUCAUCCGCCUGGUCCGGGUCUUCAGGAUCUUCAAGCUCUCCAGGCACUCCAAAGGUCUGCAGAUCUUGGGUCAGACCCUAAAGGCCAGCAUGCGGGAGCUGGGCCUCCUCAUCUUCUUCCUCUUCAUUGGGGUCAUCCUCUUCUCCAGCGCUGUGUACUUCGCAGAGGCGGACGAGCCGGAGUCCCACUUUUCCAGCAUCCCGGACGCCUUUUGGUGGGCCGUGGUCACCAUGACGACGGUGGGCUACGGUGACAUGCGGCCGGUGACGGUCGGGGGGAAGAUCGUGGGCUCCCUGUGCGCCAUCGCCGGCGUGCUGACCAUCGCGCUGCCGGUGCCGGUCAUCGUGUCCAACUUCAACUACUUCUACCAUCGGGAGACGGAUCAGGACCAGUCCAGCCUGAAGGACGAACCCAGCGGUGGCCCAGAGAGCCCAGAGGUGAAGCGCAAAGGAAGCAAGUCAUCGGUGAAGUCUCAGGGUGUGGAGAAGAACGAGGCUGACGGCGCUUCGGCGGAGAAGGCGAACAUAAAAGCCAACAGCAGCAUGGACUUCAAGAAAUCCCUUUACGCAUUCUGCCUGGACACACGGGAGACGGACCUGUAGCCCCGCAGGGUUCAGGCUCGGUCUGAUCCAUGAACUCCUGCAGGAGCGCUGUUCAAACUAAACCAUAACAAGCACACUUUAAUCCCACAUCCAUCAGCCAGCGGAGCGGCCCUUUAAAUCUGCAGGAGAACCUCCACAGCAUGAACUCUGUGGGCUGCAGGAUGAAUUAGUGGGAAAUGGGACAUCAGGACUCUGCAGAGGAUAAUCAGGGACAAUCAGGACUUGGGAUAAUUACUGGACAUGGCGGAGGAUUAACCACACUCUGUGUACAUAAUGUAGGAAGAGAGAGGAAAAAAAGAUUUUACUCCUUCCUACACUUAGCCGUGAUGAUUACAUCAAGCAGAUGUGUACAUAUUCCCAACAUCAAGGUGGAGAUGUUAAUUUCUUCUGUUUUUGGAAGGAUAGAGGUCUAUUUUUGAGAUCCAGACACUCAGGUUUUAUGGAAGACUGGACCUGAGACUGAGUGGACCUCAGCCUUGUUUGUGUCCGAUACGUUUAAACUAAAAAACCUUUUAUUUAUGAGGGGGAAAAAUGGACAGAAAAUAAAGAAAAGCAGCCAAGAGACGACAGAGCAGAGAACAUCUGGAGAAAUCAACUCUAAUACCAGAGACUCGAAGCCCUGCCCUCCAACCAUCAGGGGAGACAAUCGGACCGCAGGAAUGGAGCCAUUUGAUGCGCUUCCAGUCAGUAUCAACAUUCCUGUUCGUGGAACUCUGUGCCUUCAACCAAAACUCAUCCUGUGUUUUUGGAUUUUUACUCUUCCCUCGGAGCAGCUUUCUGAAGAGUAUUUUCUUCCUGAUGGAUGAAGGAGGGCCUGGGAAUCAAGCUGCUGUCUCUUUGUGGAAAUGAAGAAAAAACAAUCAACCAUGUCCAGGAUUUUCAUCUUUGGAUCAUUUUAACGUGUUUCUUUUUUUUUUUUACAGAUUGUGUCAGUGAUUUACUUCCUAUCGGAGGAAAUCCCUUGCUGUGCAAUAUAAGUCCAUAUUUCUGUGAAGUUGUCAUGUGGAUGUAGAAUCUGGACGAACAUUUUGGUUUAUUUUUGUAAUAAUGUUUUCCUGAUUUCUAUUUUUCUAAAAUGAUGUGAGACAGAUGAAAGGAAAAAAAUGAAAAUUAACCAUAUCAAAAAAUUUUAAAGGAUGGAUGUUUGGAUGUUUUUCCUCUGAUACACCCCCUUCCAAAGCCAUAGCCUAUCUCAGAUACCAGAGACGAUACAUUCAGGGUCACACAGUUUGGGGCAGACCCAUCAGCUCGUCUAAGCUGGGGGUACUUUUUAGAUUAUGUCUUCUGUAAGUUCAGGCGCCUAAAUCUGAAGUAUUUAGAAUGCUCUACCUUUGUGUGGCCUGUUCUUCUUGCUGUUCUCUUGUACCGACAUAUCAAUACGAAAAUGGGAAGUCACAAAAAGGACUGAGUGCGUUCUCCAGAAAAAGAUGAAAGACACUCUCAGUUCUCAAACAGAGUCUAAAGUAAAUGAAAAAAAUCAAGUUAAAUUUCCACUGCAUUUCUUUUGAAUUUUGUUUUAUUUUCUAGAUAACUCACAAACUGACAGAAAUAAAACAAAACACACUUUAAAACCUGUGUCUCAACAUUUUUUCACCUGUACUUUCCUAAAACUUAAUGGUUACUUUCUUGGAAAAUGCAGGUUAGUUUUGGAAAACCAUAUGGUUACAUAUGGGCACCUUACAUUUUAUUUUCUUAUAAACUACAGGUUACUUUGCUGGAAAUUACACAUUACUUUCUCAAAAACUGUUGUUCUUUAAAUUAUGAGGUACUUUCCCUAAACAUAGACAUGCAUUUUCCUGUAAUAUACUAUUGAAUUUGUUGAACCUAUAGCUUACUCUAAUAAAACUUACAGGCUUCUUUCCAGAAAUUGCAAGUUACUUGUCAAUUCUUUAAAGAUAAAAACCUAAGUCUCUUAUUCUUCCUUUAGGUUUUUAUAUCUUAACCUUUGUGUGAAUCUGCUUGCUUCAACUUUCCUGUCAAUUUGCUGCUAGUACACCAGCAUUUCCCCACAGAGAGACAAUAAAGGUUAUUUUCAGAACCAAUGUGUUCUGGAAAUGAAACAGCAAGUUUCAUAAAUACCUUGUAGGUUUCAGGAAAGUAACCAAUACAUCUUGGAAAAAUAAACUGUAACUCUUGGGAAAGCCCUCAGUAAGUUCCAGGAAAUCAAUCUGUAAGCUUUGGGAAACCUCUAGGUCCCUGAAGCACCUUUUAAGUUCCAGGAAAAUAACCUGUUCAUAAAUAAAAAAACGUCCAUGAAACUGACCAAUAAGACCUAGCAGGUUAUCCUGUAAGUUCCUGAAAAGUAACCUAUAAGCUCCAGGAAAGAGCCUACAUAGUCACACUAAAGGGAUUUUUGAGUCCCUGGAAAAUGAACGCCAAGCUUUUGAAAAUUAAUAGAAAGUAACCUGCAAGUCCUGGCAGUACCCUUUAAGAUACAUGGAAGUAACCAACAUCCCCAGGGAAAGUAACCGAAAAGUCCCAUUAAAAUAGCCUCUGAGCUUUAGGAACGUAACAAGUAAGUUACUGAAAACCAUGGAAGGCAAAUUGUAAGUUCUGAAAACACCCUUUAAGAUCCAGGGAAAUAAACCUAUAGGUUUUAGGAAAAUAUAAGUGGUUUUAUGUUUUUCUACCAUUUUUUCUGUUAUUUGAUUGUCAAACAAAAAUGGUUAAUCAACGAAUUGUUACAUUUUAAAUUAAUGAUUUAAAGUAAAAAAAAAAAAAAAAAGAGAGAAAGCUUUAAACCCAUUAAAUUGAUGUUUGUUUUUAAAAAUUUAACUUCAAAAUAAAAGAAUUGCUUAAACGGCUGUUGGGUUGCAGCCACAGCCAACAUUUUUGCACCGACAUAAGCUUGUUUUUAUGAUUUUCCAACUUCAAUAUUUUUGUUAGUAGUUUACUUUUUUUUUCAAUUGGUUACAAAUAAACCUGCCAAAAUAGUGAGAAAAGAGCUUUGGUCUUUUCAUAAUAAGGGCGGGCAUGUGAAGUGUGGAGACAACCUGCCACUAUGUAGGUCAUAGUAUGGCGAUACUCAAGCUUUUCUCACAUAAUUCCAUAAAAUGGAAAAAAAGGAAGCAUUUUAAUCCACAGCAACUUGACGAAGAUAAUGAGGUUUAAUUGGCAGCUAACAACCUCAUUUAAAAAGUCCAAGCAGUUUUCAUUAAAAUGGCUCUGUUUGAGAAUCUACUCCUGUUCUCUUAGUUGUUCUCAGUUUUCUGCACUUAUAAACUGUGUUCUAUGUCCUUGAUGCUGCUAUCCAUGUACUGUGUAGAUCAAUGUUCAGCCUAAGUUCUGGCACAAUAUCCUUUGUUAGCACUCCUUAAAUGUUUUUACUGGAUCAUUGUGGAUCAUGAAGUCAAAUCCAUGUAUCCGUGGUAACUCUGGUUCAGUUUGUGCCUCCAGUGAAGCAAAUUCAGAGAUGUAUAUUUAUUUUUAUGUGUAGUAUUUCUAAAUUACACGCAAAAAAAUCCCUUUAGCACCAAAUGUACAUGGGCAUUAUAAAGUACAGUGAAUUUUAAGCAUGAACAUCCAUAAACUCAGGGUUGAUGUAAAAUUAUUCUGAGUCAGGGCAUAAAAUAGAAAAGACAGCCAAAUAUAUCAAAUAUUAAAUAUUUACUGUGCUAUAAACAAUCAUUUAUCAACAUGCAACUUUGAGGGUUUUUUUAUUACCUUGAUUCCCUUAGAAUAUUAGCAGAUAGUUAAGAGGUUGAGACUAUUGCAGAUGUGCAAUGGCUAAAUCCUCCAAGGAUUAGAAAGAGAUCCAUCAGGGGCAUUCAGUUUGAAGUUUUUCUUGAAGAGUAGGCUGGGGCCUUCAGAAUACAGAUAUUCUGAAAGAUGACUCCUCCAAAAGCCUGGUCCACUAAAGGCUGGAUCCUUUGUAGACCCAAUCCUUGACCAUGUGUAGAGUAUAUACAAUCUAUCACUGCCUAAAUCCAGCUAUGGGGUGUUCCACCAAACUGGUUCUAGUUCUUUCUUAGAACCAGUAUUUUUUCCCACUCAGUCUGGCACUGUUAGAUUGGUUUUGUACCAGCAUCAUAAAGACAAACAGAACACAAAACUGUGGCAAUCAAAGUGAUGGGAAAAAAGGGUCUUUCUUAAUGAUAAUGAGGUCUCUGAUCUUGAAAAACUACCAAUAGCUGGGUCCCAAUUCAGAAACUUCAUUCUCCAAAGGAAGGACACUUUAAAGGUCUUGCCCUUCCAAAGAUUACUUGCUUGAAAGCCAGGCCCUCUUAAAGAUACUUCAAAGUACAGGUCUUUAUAAUGACAGGUUCUUCAAAUACAGAUCAAAAGAUCCAGCCCUUCAAAGUUCAGCCCCCUCCAAAAAGAGGUUGCCUUUGAAAGCUGAUUUCUCCAUAUGCCGCUCUUGCAUCACUUUCUCUGGCCUUCACACUAAAGUUUGGUCCCCCUCCCCAAACCUGGGCUCCUAUCCUGAACCCAGGACAACAGACCAGUUUGUUCCCCCCUGUCGGUGGGCAUAGCCAAAAUGACCAGAAUUUAUAGGAUGUUUCUCAAAACUAAGGAAGCUUUUAAAGCUAAGACAUGAUUAUGAGCUGGACCCCAUUUCAAGGGCUUAAUCCUUCCAAGGACAAAUCCUUUAAAGGCCUUGUCCUUCGAAAGAUGAUUCCUGCAAAAGCUGGGUCCUCUAAAAGUUGAGUCCUUCAAAGGAUGUGUCCAGUUGCCGGUCCUAUGUAGGACAUGUCCACUUAAGGACAAAUUCGUCUUAUGACAGGCACUCCAAAAGACAAGCUUUCUGUACAAUCAUUCCUUCAGACGUUCAGCUCUCUAAGGGCUGGGUUCUCUAAGAGGAAGGAAUUUUAAAAGCUGACACAGAUAACUUAAAAUGCAUCACCACCAAAAACAUCCUGAGGCUCAGGUAUUUUUGGGGGGUUCAGAGUAAUGGGAACUCAUCAGGUGUUUCUCAAUAACAUGAAUGACUCUGAUGGUGAGUAACAACCAUGAGCUGGGUCUCAAUUCAGGACGUUCAACCUGCAACUGAUAUGUCCUCCAAAUGAUUAGCUCUUCAAAGGGUGAUUCCUCUGAAAGACAAGUCUUUCUAAGAACCAAUCCUUCUAAUGGCAGCUAUCCAACAGAUGGGCCCUCAGAAAGAUACCUCCAAAAGCUUGCACCUCUAAAUGUGGGGUCCUCUGAAAGACCCAUCUUUCAGAGGAGAUAUACAGUUAAUGACAGCCCCUCCAUAAAAUUUGUUACUUAAAGGUCAGAACCUCCAGACGUCUUGUGCUGUAAAUCAAUGAUCAGGCUUUAUAAGGGCUGAGGACUCUGAUGACCUUGGAGAGCUGAAGAGAUGGUUUUGUCAAUUACAAAUUAACUGUGACAUUUAGACAUCUGUUUGUUAAUAAGACAAAUCCAAUGAUUCAUGCCUCCCGGCAAGAUUUUUGUGGAACCCAAAAGAACUGACUCUAGAAUCAGACAUUAUUCAGACCUAAUCAGCUUUUGGUGCAAAAACACCACAUUUAUUUCAUUGUUGACAGUUGGAUCCCUGGCUUCUCAGCAUAUGCAGUAGUUUCAUGAAAUCCAGAGUUUAGAGAUAAAGCCUUGAUGCGCAUUAGUAGUUUUCUUGUGUUGUAUCUCAUUUAGACACAAAAUUAAAAUUUCCAACGAAACAUUUUUAGUUUGGAUGAUGUCCUUCAGCAGCUGUCAGAGAAAUCUGCUUCACUGCAAACAUUUUUCUGUAAUCCUACAAAAGCAGACCCUUAGAGGCACAAACUGGGAAUCCACAAACUCGGCUGCUUAAAAAAUAUAUAUUUUCAGAGUUUGUAGACUCACCUGCUCAGUGUACAUUUCGUUCUGCAUGAAUUUAUGUGGAUCCAUCCUCAACGUUCAGGUCCAGCUGAACAUGUUGUGUUCGGCCUUCAGUCGUUAUUCACCUUUCUUGUGGAGUCAGCAAACUGCAGAUCUUCAAGUACCUUCGCUGAUAACAUCCCCCUCAGAAAACAAAGCUGCCAAAACAUGUCUGAAGAAGCCAAGUCUCUCUGUGUAUCAGUGGUUUUAAGUGUUUUACAUCAUCCUGUUAAUGUUUCAUCGUGUUUUUAACAACAAUCCUGUUUGUUACGUUGUUGGUCAUAUAUGCAGACGAGUUAUCAAAUAAGCUGAAAUAAACUUUUAAGAUUCACUGAGAA